CCGCGGGCGGGAGGACGGGGGCGGGAGGAGGGCGCGCGUCCACACCCCGCCCCCGCCCGGGAGCCAGCCCGCGGAGCCGGAGGCCAGGGCGGCGCAGACCGGCCCAGCGACUCGCCCCGGCUGCGCGCCGCGACGCGCUGCCUCCGCCGCAACUGCCGCCGAGUCCGCCCUCGUUCCCAGCCCCGGGGCUUUCCGAGAGAAGGUCUCCACGUGGGUAGAAGAGGGACUGUCCACGCUUGGGGCACGUCUCACACCUGCUCUGUUCUUGGACAGAACAUUGACAGCUGGUUCCACAGAUCCAGGAGCCAGGCCUUGGGGAGAGACCAGCCAUGGACCCCCAGCAGCCUCGGCAUUUGGGGGCAGCACCUUAGGAGAAGAGAGGAGUGGUCCCGUCCACCACCUGGCACUGGAAAGGAGAGAAGGGAGAAGUGGACCCGCUGCCUGCCCCAGCUUGGCAUGGACCAGCAGCUGUGAUCAUUCAGAGCUGAUGCCGGGCCCCCAGGGGGCUGGAGGAGCCCCCAUCAUGAGCCUGGGCAAGCUGUCACCCGUGGGCUGGGUGUCCAGCUCUCAGGGGAAGAGGCGGCUGACUGCGGACAUGAUCAGCCCCCCGCUCGGGGACUUCCGACACACCAUGCAUGUGGGCCGCGGCGGGGACGUCUUUGGCGACACCUCCUUCCUCAGCAACCACGGGGGCGGCUCCCGGGGUACCCACCGUUCACCCCGCAGCUUCCUGGCCAAGAAGCUACAGCAGGUGCGCAGAGCGGGGGUGCCGCCCCGGCGGUUAGCUUCCCCGCCGGCGCCCUCACCUGCUCCACCUGCCGUCUCCCCCAUCAUCAAGAACGCCAUCUCCCUCCCCCAGCUCAACCAGGCUGCCUACGACAGCCUCGUGGUGAGCAAGCUCAGCUUCAACAGCAGCCCGGCCGGCUCCACGGAUGGCCACUCCAGUUAUGGCCUGGACUCCGGGUUCUGCACCAUCUCCCGAGUGCAUCGGGCAGAAAAGCCUCGUGACCGAGACCGUGACAGUUCCUUUCCCUCCGAACCUGAGCUUCACCGCUCAGACUCCCUCUUGUCCUUCCGUCUGGACCUGGACCUUGGGCCCUCUCUCCUCAGUGAGCUGCUGGGGGUCAUGAGCCUCUCAGAAACCUCUGCGGCCGAGACCCCCACCCCAGCCCCUGCGGCAAACCCCCCCGCCCCUGCAGCAAACCCCCCCACCCCGGCCUCAAGCCCUCCACCCCGUGGACGCUGCCCCAACGGGAUGACCUCUGGGUUGGGCCCAGCAGCUGAGGCGAGGGCCAGCCUGGUGGGCGAGUGUCCCCGUGUGCCUGCCGACAUGGCCCCUGGCAGGCACUGGGGAGCAGGCUGGGGUAGUGGCAGGGGCAGCCUGCACUACACCGAGAUGGAUGCUCGGCGGGAGCUGGUGAAAGUGCUGCCCCAGGGUCGGGCUUCUUGGGAGAGCCUGGACGAAGAGUGGGAGGCACCCCAGGCGGCCAGCAGGGCGCCCGUGCCCAGCACGGUGCAGACAAACACCUUCGCGUUUGCCGAUGCUGAGGAGGACGAUGAGGUCAAGGUGUGAGCCGCUGAGCGUGGGCUCAGGACCCUGCCCCACCUCCGGCUGUCACCCAUGAAGAGCCCAGUGCAGAACCAGCCCCUCAUCUGACAACUGGGAGGACCUGAGUUGUCCCCAAACCCUCCACGCUGUUGCCGGACAGACAUGGGAGGGAGGCCAGGCUUGCUCUGGGACCUUGGUGUUCCCGAGGGCCCUGCUGGGCUGACCUGCUUCCUCACAACUACCACUGUGGACCCAGGGGCCAUUCCUUCGGCCCCGCCCCCACUGGCUGAGCAGCCCAGGCUCACAGUGCGGCCUUUGUGCUGGGGAAGCUGUCCAAGCUGAGUGGGGGACAGCGGGCACACCACACAGGGCCUUUGUCUCCUCCCUAUGGGACCGCCUGCCCCAACUCAUCCUGAAGCUGCCCCCUUGCCCUCACUAGGGCUUCUUCCCCCACAUCCCCACCCCAACCCCAACUUGUCCCAGAGACCUCGAAGAAAAAUCAGGUGUGGCUUCCCCGCUUCCUGUGCACCCCAGACCUGCCUCUGGGUUCUGAUUAAAAAAGGCUUUUUUUGGUAA